ACAUUUAAAACAACUGUGUAAACAAUUUACUGUAACAUACGGGGGUAUAACAUUAUCACAUAUAAUGGAUCAAAUCUAUAUGAAUAUGACAUCUUUUUUAUAUAAUAACAGACAAUGUGUUAUAUGUAAGAAAUAAUGUAAUUAUACCGAUUUUCCUUACUAUUACAUAAUUACGACUCCAACGUGUAGUUAGAUAUGAACCAAUAUUUGAUAAUGAAAUGCCCCCAUUAGUAAACAUCAUUUAACGUGUCUUACAAUAGAAAUAGCAAUAUGUAGAACAUUUUUCACUCGUAAUUGAAAAACAGUACAAAAUGCAUCACGCACGUUUCUACAUUUUCGUUAUAGUUUUAUAUGUACAGUGUUCUGCUCAAUCGAUACACGAAAAUGAUGUUAAUUUUAGAGUGGACCCGGGAUCAAAGACAUGUUUCUUCGAAGCAGGUAAGGCUGGGCAAACGAUGGAGGUAUUCUAUCAAGUUCUUGACGGGCAACACGGGGACUUGGACAUCAUAUUUGAAAUCAUAAAUCCUCAGGGUGUACCAUUACUGUCAGAUUAUAAGAAGUCACAAAACUCCAUCAUAAUGGAUUUGGAGACGGACGGCGACUAUGUCUUUUGUAUGGAUAACACUUUUAGUGUUAUGAACUCCAAACUUGUGUUUGUUUAUGUCAUGAUUGAAAACAAGGUUACUGAAGAAGAUGACGAUGAGACUGAAGUAAGCGUCGUAGACGAGGAUGGAGAGCAUAAAAAUGAAGAAGAAGUUAUUGAAUGGGCCGGUACUGACCAAGAAGGCAAUGUAUAUUAUAUUGAAAUAAAACACAUUCAUGAAUCGUUAAGCCGAACACUGAAGCAAGUAGUCAAAGCGCGUCAUCUGCUGGAUUUGUAUGGUGCAAUGAAGUCACGUGACAGUUACUUAGCAUUCGAAGAUACAUUCAUUGUUGAUGUCUGGUCUCUAUUUCAAAUAUUUUUUAUGUUUGCUGUUGGCUUGUUACAAGUAUACAUGAUUAAGAAACUGUUCAGCGGAUCUCAUGACAGCAUGACUAAUUUUUAUUAAAAUUAUUAUUAUGUAUACUUAGCAUUCAAAUAUACAUUCAUUGUAGACAUCUAGACUUUAUUUCAAAUAUUUUGUAUGUUUGCUGUUGGCUUGUUACAAGUAUACAUGAUUAAGAAACUUUCAGCGGAUUUCAUGACAGCAUGACUAAUUUUUAUUAAAAAUAUUAUAAUAU